GUUGCAGUCGUCGUUAUUUUUGACGUGGCCUUGCGUUUGUGUGUUUCAUGGUUGUGGAGGAUGUCCUGUGCGAACGGUCCCUACAGUGUCACUCCUCUGCCACUUGUUGGAGCAGAAGUUCGUGGUAUCGACCUGAAACAGAACACACCCACUAGUGUUGUGGAAAGAAUAAAACAAGACGUCUAUCUGCAUCGACUUUUAGUCUUCAAGUAUCAGGGCGUUAUCUCGGGGGAGAGACAAGUUGAAAUCAGCAAGUGGUUUGGUGACCUCGAAUCGACGUUUUACAAGCAUCCGCGCUCGCCGCACCUGGACGUAUUUCGUGUCUCUAAUGACGCCAGCGAGGGGUGCACUAACGUGGGUCGAACUGGGUGGCAUAUCGACGGCAGCUUCAUGCAUGAACCGUUCAGUCACUCAAUAUACCAUAUGGUGAAUGUGCCCAAGAGUGGAAAUACCGGUUUUACUCCCUUGAAUGAAUUGGUGCAACAAUUGAAUCCUGAAAGACGUGCUAGAUGGAAUCGUCUCUGGAUGGUUAGUGACAGACGAGAUCUUGUAGUUCAUCCUCUAAUGUACCAUCAUCCACACACGGGGAAAGAGACACUUUGUUUCCACCUGGGAAUGACUCAAGCCUUUAUUUGGGAUAGUGGAAGCAUUGUUGAGAGACUUACAGAUUGGCCAGAGACAAAAGAGAUAUUGGCAGAGAUUGAUUCAGAAGUGAUUCGAGACAAUGGAAAGUACACCUAUUCACAUAAGUGGGAAGAGGGUGAUUUCAUAAUCUCCGAUAAUCUUGCUGUUGGUCAUGAAGCUUCACAAGAAACACAAUAUCCAGUUGAAGAUGUUGGUCUUCGAGUACUUCAUAGGACGACAAUCAAGGGAACUAGUAAACCUCAGAAGAGACUCCUUGAAUCAUAAAUUUUCUGCAUAUGUAUGGAGACAUGUGAAUUAAUUAAGAAUUUUUAGAAUGGAGUACUUACUGUGUUUUAUACCUGUUUGUACAUAUUGUGGCAAUGUACUGUGUACUGCUCUGUCACUUUGGGUGGUGUUUGUGAAAUGUACACAUGUUCGCAUGUGAGUCGUAUGGUGAAGUCGAACAGACAAAACAUUGA